CUCGGGAGUCCAUCCCGUGACACCCGUUUAAAAUAUUCAUGAGCGAGGCGCGUUCCUUCUGACUUCCUAACUGACAGCCUCCAAAUUCUGAGUUGUAAUUUCUUCUGACGUUUCGUUUCUAAUUGAACAUGGAGAAGAUCAGAUUUUGCGACGUGCUCGCCAUAUUCGUGAGUGUGAUGAACUUGGCUCAGAAAGUAUCUUCAUUGCAGUGUUAUACGUGUGAUGCGUAUUUAGAUUUCGGGACACCUUGUACUGUAAAUGACCGAUAUUCGCCACAAGUCUUAAAUUGCUCCAACAAAUGCUACAGUGAGGUCACAAGGGUCGGUAGUUGCAUCAUCAACUUCAAAAGAGGCUGUACAUUGUCAAAUGACUGUGAGGAGGAGAGCGAAUGUGCAGAGUUUAUCCAAGUUGGUACCUGCAGAAGAUGCUGCACAGAAAAUAACUGCAAUAAUGAAGAUGCAAUGGCAGUUGUGCCGAUCACUGAAACAGAACCCGGCAGCACCGCAAUCACGAUUUCACUAGCUUCAGCCUGGUCAAUUUAUUCGUUUGGCUUACUAUCACAAUAUGUGUUCUAGUUGCAAUUGCUGGAAAAGUUUGCAUCACUGAUUGCUUAUUGGUUGAUUUUAGUGACGCCACCAGCGCCAUGUUGGGGAGCCCAAUAUGUCACGACGGCGUUAUCACAAAGCGUUUACAGCGCUUUUGAAAACUAAUUUUUAAAAAAGGGGGUUAGAGGAUGUGAACAAAUAUUCCAUAACAUUUAUUUGUUUAUAUUAAGUAUUGCAAGAAUGGUUAUUUUAACAAUAGUUCAAUCAAAUGCCAUAAAAAUCUUGACAGACUGGCAUGUCACUUGGGCUCUUGCAUACGGCGUCGGUGGAUUCACUUUUUCCUGUACGAAUGCCCAAUGAGCAAUCCAACCAUUAUGAUUGGUACCAGUGGUUUGUAUACCGCUUGUACCUCUAAUUUCAUUACACAUAUUUUAAUAUUAAAAUAUUGCCAUACCCUUUGAAACACGCCCUCUAUUAAUAUAUUCUGUUGAUUGAAUGCUAAUUGACUAUUGUUACAUUGGUUUCGUGGGAUAGUAACACUGGUACGCAAAUUUAGUGCUUUUAAUUCAGCGUCAUAUGGCAUAAUGUCUAGUAAAAAUACAAUUUGUUCUAAACCGCAGUGGAAGGGGAGAUAAAGUCAUAAAAAUCAACUUUAUUGAACAAAAUUAAUAAUAUAAAAUAGGAUAGUAGGAAUGUACGAUGUAUGGCAGCUGUUAUGACCUUUCUUGUAAAAAAGUUUCGGAUUAAUGUUGGAGCUAUCGUGUUUAUAUUUAGGGGGUGGAAAGUUUUUGUGUGUAGAGUGUUAUUGUGUACGUUUUAUUAUAAUGUGUAUGAAAUAUAUAUAUAUAUUAUACUCGCGCUACUUUGUUUAAUUUAAUGAAGAAGAACAUUUAUUUUUAUCUUCUGAAAUACUGAAUAAUUACAAAAUAAUGAUGUUAAAAUGUGUUAGAAUUUAGCUUGCGUUGCAAACUCAACAAAUUAACAGUAAAGUUACUUAAUAACUACAUUUUAUUGUUAAUUGUAAUCAUAAAUAUCGGAAUAAAUGUCAAGCAAUAUAUUGUAUUUGACAUUGUAGGUAAAAUUAGCUUGAAAUAAAACAUGUGAUUAAUUAUAAUUAUUAUAAUAAUUUUUUAUGGUUAUUACGAUUAUAAAAUAAUAAUGAUUAUUUUUCAAUCUUGACGUCAUCACUGCAACUCCCAAUGUCAUUUGCCUAUAACUAAUGAAUUUUUUUAAAGCAUUAAAUUUAACCUUCGUGUACUAUGUAGUAUAUUUUUAUCAUUAGACCACAGUGAGCUUACUGUUUUUUAAUAGUCUAAUUGAAAAAGCAUCAAUAACCUAGUCUAGGGCUAUGUAAUGUUACAUCGAUCAUAAAAUUGCUUUGUAAUACGCUUUGCGUGUAGAAAAUAAUUUGUCCGCAGUUAUAUUGUAUCCCAUUGCGUAUGAUUCCACUUUUUGGAGAUAAUGAUUUUAUAGAAAUAGUGUGCAAUACGUUAGGUUUGUAACAGAGCGUCAGAGUAAUUCGUAAUAUAUUAUGCCAAUAAACAUGAUUUCACUCUUUUUUGUAUUGACAUAAAUUAUCUCUAGAAGUAGAUGUAAUGUAUUUUUAUACCAUCUGUUUUUAAUUUCCAAAUCAGUAUUUUUAGUGUAGACUGAACACUAAAUAUAGCAUUUUAUUAAAGAUGUAUCAGAAAGUGAUAA